ACCACGAGGAAACAAUCUCCAUAUAUCAAAUCUUCCUUCCGGAGUUCCGGCCAACAGGGUGCGACAGAAAGAUUUCACCCCCUUCUUGGGCAAUCUCUGCGGCUCUGCCUCUCCGGUGUGCCGGGUUAUUUCCGUUUGGCUUCCCUGAUUCUGGUUUCUGCGACUGUAAUCUCCAACCCUUCUUCCCUUCCCAUCUGCCACUCUCCCAGGACUGCGGCUCCCUGGCGAGUCGACCUCGCCGGCGGCAUGAGCCGCACAUCGCCGUGGCCGCCGCCGAACUACCAAGAAGGAGAUUACCGCGAUGAUAAGAAGAGAAGAUUACCCAAAGGACACACUGGAGAAUUAAGUAGCAGGUUAUUAUUACUGGAUGAAGAUCUGGAAGACAUGCUCGCAUCAUUAACAGUCGAUGACAUCUUUGAUGAAGGAAAAUCAGGUGAUUGUCGCAAGGAUAGGAAGAGGAAAUCAAACCAAGAUAACGCUGGAGAUUUAGUUAACAGAGCAUCGGAUGAUCUUUUGGAAAACAUGUUCUCGUCGCUCCUGAUCAAAGAUUCUGCACUGGCUAGUUCUGCUUCCAUAAGAUCGGGGAAACAUGCCUCUGUUCUUGUACUUGAUGAAAAUAUUCUUUCUGUAGGCAACUCAGAUUGCACCACUUCCACUGAUUGCAGUGCUCCAGAAUCUAGGAGUCUGUCAUCGGAGGAAUUCAUUGAAAGAGUAAACAACCUGUUGCUUUGCCAUGAGGGAACAGGUGUUGAAGUGUUUGAGGUUCGUUUUGAUCUGAACUCCACUCAUGCUGCCCACCUUGACAAAUGGGUCCAGUUUGCGUCAGAGUCAGGUGCACAAUCUGUGGUACUUAACUUGCGUAAAAAAGGGAUAUCUUGUUCGGAAGAUAUAGUGAUUUCAAGUCGUUAUAACUUUCCCUUGCAUUGUUUUGAUGGUGAACAACGAUCCUCAAUACGGAAGCUACGCCUGGUAAAUUGCAUAUUCAGGCCACCGCUGCAUUGCAAUGGAUUUUCCUCUCUUGUUCGCCUUUUUCUAAAGCAUGUCACGGUAACUGAUUCUGAUAUCCAGAACAUUUGCUCUUGCUGCACCAUUCUCCGUCUUUUGAGGUUGGGAAACUGCAAUGAUUUGGUUAAUUUAAGGAUUUCCCAUGAAAUACUGCUAUAUUUGGAUAUAUUUCGUUGCAAGAAGUUGGUGAGUAUUGAAAUGCAUGCCACCAGCCUAGCCUUUUUUGAGUAUGAUGGACAUGAGGUAUCCAUCAAUUAUGCGAGUACUCCCAAUAUGAGGCAAAUAGUAACUAAGCUUGGGGACAUAAAUUGUUCUCUCCCGAAGGAUUUAAAUGCCAUGAAACUGAUCAAGAAAGUCACCUUGACAUUUCUUUCACCAUCUAAGGAGCCGAGAUGUAUACUGUACUUGAAGAAAUUCAGUGUUUUACAGUUCGUCAACUUGUUUAUUUUGCCAUCCUGGAAUAAUGCUCUUGCAGUCACUUAUCUUCUUAAAGCAACUCCUUCUCUUAAAAGACUCCGUCUAGAAGCAUGCAGCAAACAACACCAUCAUCUGGACAAUUUCGGGGUUAGUUGGCCCGAGGGUAUCUCUCUGGACAAGCUCCGUACCGUUACUGUAGGUGGUUUCACUGCCCAAGCCCCGCUGAUUGGGCUCUUGGCAUUCCUGAUGCGCGUGGCCACUCGCUUGAAGUAUGUACAGAUCGACACACAUCACCAUAUUUGUAAAGGAAUGGGUAAAUGGGUCAGAGAGGAUGUUGGCGACAAGGCAGCGAGGGAUCACGCACGGAAUGCUGCAAUGGCGACCAUCGCCCUUAAAGUUCCACCGUCUGCGAAGCUCGUUAUCAAAUGAUUUGAGCCGAGUGGUGUCUUAUGAUCUUAUAAUUUGGAGAGGUUCAGGAUGAUGAUUAUUCAUUGUCAUUUCAUUUUGUCGGCCUGGCUAGUGCCAUGUGCCGGCAAUGGCUGGAUUUAUUUCGAGGGAUCAUCUUGCUAGGCCAGAUGCCGUAGUAGACUUAGAAAGCUUUGUUUUCUUCAGGAUUGACGAAUUGCGGAGAAACAUGGGACUGACACACUCCCAUACUAACAGGUCUUCGUCCAGUAUGUGGACGACAGAAACUGAAUUUAACUAUGCAAUGCGAGUUUGGCAAUGUUGCGACCUA